AGCCCAGUGCACGGAGCGAGCCCCUGUGUCUGUAGGAACCUGACAGAUAUGUGCAUCGAUAGAUGAUAUGGCAGAAUUGCGUGCAAAUGUUUCAACGAGGCAAUAGGCCAGGCAGGAAAUUGGAGUAAAGCUGAAACAUAAGGCUUUGCUACCCAGCGGCUUGCCAAGCUCGUGUGUGUGCGUGUGUGCUCGAAGUGCCUAUGGCGGAGUUUGGGGAGGACGGCAGCCUGCCUCCAUUGAAUCUUGGGGAUACUGCCGUGCCCAGCGACGAAGCAGCUGGCAAGACGCAUUGCGAAGUGUCGGUCUUGAAUGGAGACUGUGGGAUAUCGGAAAAUAUGGUCGGUUCGGGAUCCCUCGUCGCACCUGGUAGCCAAGCCGGGGUGGAAACCGCCAACACCUCUGUCGGAUUGGAUGGCAAAUCUGAAAUACCACGCAGGAGCAGCAUUAUCAAGGAUGGCUCAAGACAGCGUAAAGAAAGAAAGAAGACUGUAUCAUUCAGCAGCAUGCCCACUGAGAAGAAAAUUAGCAGUGCAAGCGACUGCAUCAGUGCAAUGGUGGAUGGCUCUGAGCUGAAGAAAGUGCGAUCCAAUUCCCGCGUCUACCACCGCUACUUUCUCCUUGAUGCCGACAUGCAGUCUUUGAGAUGGGAGCCCUCAAAGAAGGAAUCAGAAAAGGCUAAGAUUGAUGUAAAAUCCAUCAAGGAGGUGCGGACGGGGAAAAACACAGACACUUUUAGAACUAAUGGAACCUAUGAUCAGAUAUCAGAGGACUGUGCCUUCUCAAUCAUUUUUGGGGAGAACUAUGAGUCUCUGGAUUUGGUGGCAAACACUGCAGAUGUAGCCAACAUUUGGAUUACAGGGCUGAGGUACCUGAUCUCCUACGGGAAACAUACUUUGAAUAUGAUAGAGAGCAGUCAGAACAACAUGCGCUCAUCUUGGCUAGGCGAACUUUUUGAUGAGGCAGACGUUAAAAACAGCAAACAAAUAACAAUAUGUGCUGCUGUGCAGCUAAUCAAGAAGUUGAACCCUGGACUUAAAAAUGUGAAAAUAGAAUUGAAGUUCAAGGAGCUUCACAAAGCGAAGGACAAAGCAGGUUCUGAUGUGACGAGAGAUGAGUUCAUUGAGGUCUUUCAUGAUCUUUGCACCAGACCAGAAAUUUAUUUUCUCUUUGUUCAGUUCUCCAGCAACAAAGAAUUUCUGGAUACCAAGGACUUAAUGAUAUUUUUGGAGGCAGAGCAGGGCAUGGCACAAGUCAGUGAAGACACCAGCUUAGAAGUCAUUCAGAAAUAUGAACCGUCUAAAGAGGGCCAGCUCAAGGGUUGGCUUUCCCUUGAUGGGUUCACUAACUAUCUUAUGUCUCCAGAGUGCCAUAUAUUUGACCCUGAACAAAAAACAGUCUGUCAGGACAUGAACCAGCCCUUGUCCCACUAUUACAUCAACUCAUCCCACAACACAUAUCUGAUAGAAGAUCAGUUCAGAGGUCCGUCUGAUGUGACAGGGUAUAUCCGUGCCCUCAAGAUGGGCUGCCGCAGUGUAGAGCUAGAUGUAUGGGACGGGCCUGAUAAUGAACCUGUUAUUUACACUGGUCACACGAUGACAUCACAGAUAGUUUUCCGCAGCGUCAUCGACGUCAUCAACAAGUAUGCAUUUGUUGCAUCUGAGUUUCCACUGCUACUGUGUUUAGAAAACCAUUGCUCCUUAAAGCAGCAGAGAGUCAUGUUUCAGCACCUAAAGAAGAUCCUCGGAGACAAGAUCCACCUCGAUCCUCCAAAACCUGAGGACUGCUACCUCCCCUCCCCCUUAGAACUGAAGGGGAAGAUCCUGCUGAAGGGUAAGAAACUGAGCACAAACUGCACUGCUUCUGAAGGUGAGGUGACAGACGAGGACGAGGGGGCAGAGAUGUCUCAGAGGAUGAGCAUAGAGUCUGCUGAACAACAGACUAUCGCACCCAAGAAAUUCCAGCUGUCGAAGGACCUCUCGGAUCUGGUGACCUUGUGUAAGUCUGUUGAGUUCAAAGACUUCCCAACAUCUUUCCAGACCCAGAAACAAUGGGAGCUUUGCUCUUUCAAUGAGGUCUUUGCCAGUCGCUGUGCCAGUGACUUCCCAGGUGACUUUGUAAACUACAACAAGAAGUACCUUGCACGAGUUUACCCGAGCCCCAUGCGGAUCGACUCCAGCAACAUGAAUCCACAAGAUUUUUGGAAGUGUGGGUGCCAGAUUGUAGCAAUGAACUACCAGACUCCUGGCCUGAUGAUGGAUCUAAACAUAGGCUGGUUCCGUCAGAACGGAAACUGCGGCUAUGUGCUGCGUCCAGCGAUCAUGAGAGAGCAGGUUUCAUAUUUUAGUGCCAACACUAAAGAUUCAGUGCCUGGUGUUUCUCCACAGCUCUUACACAUCAAGAUCAUCAGCGGACAAAACUUCCCUAAACCCAAAGGCUCAGGUGCCAAAGGAGACGUGGUAGACCCCUAUGUGUAUGUGGAAAUACACGGCAUUCCUGCUGACUGCGCUGAGCAAAGGACUAAAACAGUCAACCAAAACGGGGACAACCCUCUAUUUGACGAGAGCUUUGAGUUUCAGAUAAAUCUCCCCGAGCUUGCAAUGGUGCGCUUUGUGGUGCUAGACGACGACUAUAUUGGUGAUGAAUUUAUCGGCCAGUAUACGAUCCCCUUUGAGUGUCUCCAACCAGGUUUUCGCCACGUGCCGCUACAGUCUCUGACAGGCGAGGUUCUGCCACAUACCUUGCUGUUUGUUCAUGUGGCCAUAACCAAUCGAAGAGGAGGCGGCAAACCUCACAAAAGGGGACUGUCUGUACGGAAGGGCAAGAAGAGUAGAGAGUAUGCCAGCAUGAGGGUGCUAUUGAUCAAGGCUGUGGAUGAUGUCUUCAAAACAGCCAUACUACCACUAAGGGAGGGAACGGACCUCAGAGAAAACAUGCAGAAUGCCAUUGUGUCCUUUAAAGAGCUGUGCGGCCUUUCAGCAGUGGCUAACCUGAAGCAGUGCAUCUUGGCCCUUUCCCCUCGACUGACCGGACCCGACAGCAACCCCCUGCUGGUGUUCAACCUCAGUGACCAGUACCCUAACUUGGAGCCCCAAGGCCUGCUACCAGAGGUCCUCAAGAAAGUCAUCACCACCUACGAAAUGGUGAUCCAGACCAGCAAGACUCUGCUUGAGACCUGUGAUGGGGUGUACGAGAGAAUUCUGCAAACCCAAAAAGCAGCGAUGGAGUUUCAUGAGAACCUCCAUGACUUGGCCGUGAAGGAGGGGCUGAAGGGCAGGAAGCUGCACAAGGCGGUGGAGAGCUUCACCUGGAACAUCACCAUACUGAAGGGUCAGGCAGACCUACUGAAACACGCCAGGAAUGAAGUCCAGGAGAACCUCAAGCAGAUCCACUAUGCUGCGCUCACCUGUAACCUGAGUAAAGGAGGAUCAGCAGGCGGCUCCACUGGCUCUGAAUCUAAGAGCCGACGCAGCCUCGAGGCUAUUCCCGAGAAGGCCGUCGCGGAGGAGGAGCUCACCGAUGAGGACAACUAAAGACCCACAGUCCCACUCUGGUGCUCUCCUGGCACCCACAUUCAGACCUCGACUCUGUUCCUGCCUCCUGAGCUCAAAACCCAAAGCUCCUGCUCUCCACUCUGUGGCAUCAUCGCUCUACACGAGACAGUGUUUUUCCACAUUCCAUCGUGUGCAUUCCUGUACCCCAAGCACAGCUGUAAGCUCUUACACUUCUGCCUUGUAAUCAUCAAUAAAGUGGCACCACUACUUAAAGACACAAAUCCUUCCCAAGUUGACAUCACAAAGUUUAUACAAGUUUGGAAAAUUGCUGUCAUUAUUUCUAAGUCUCAAAAUGUUUAAAGCUGUACUGAAAGCUGGAAGAGUCUGAACCAUCAUAAACAUUUGCUACACAUCUGAUGCUGCCUAGCCCACACUGAGUGUGCACACAUAAAAAUACCAGAUCUUAAAACCCAGCGAGAGCCUGACUUGGGCAAAUGUUAAAAGGGAUCACAUGUAGAAACGCUGGUGAUCAUCAGUGGCAGACAUAAAUCCUAACGCAUCAGUUCAUCGCCCUCCCUUCCCCGUCUCAUUUCCUGGGUGAGCUGGGAGAGCCGAGUGAACUACCAGCCACGUUAACGUUUAAGACAUUGACCUGCUGUUCAGAGACGGUGCACUUCUACUCAGCAGACGGGGGCCCUUGGAUUGUUGAAAGAGAUUUCUUAAAGCACAAUUUUUUUGGAGUUAUGAAUGUAACAGGACAGAGGGAGUGGAAGAAGAAAACAAGGGGACACAAACGUCACGAAUGAGAGUAAAGAGCUGUUUACAAUGCUGAACUUGUCCAUGUUCUCGUCUGCCAAAAUAGUAUAAUAUACUAUGUGUAUAUAUGGAGUUUCCUGUUACCUUUUUUUCUGCAGAGUGCAACAUUUUAUUAUUGUAUACUUGGAAAUAUAAGAUUUAUUUUAUAAAAGAUAUAUGAACAUGUCUGUGGAAAAACAAGAGGUUUUAUUUGUCUGUAGAUAACGAGGGUCGUCACGAGGAGAAGUGACCUCGGAGUUUUCCCGGCGGAGAGCUCGUACGUGUGGAGACAGAUGGACUAAUAACAGAAUGUAUUCAAACCGUUUGUGGUGCAAACAACAGCAAAGUCUCAACAAACCACAACCAGCAAACUGCAUGAGAAGGAGCCACGACUGGUCGUUGUUAACAUGCACUCAAAAACACUUUGGACGGUGACACAUUUUAAUAUUUCAGCAUUUCAUCUGGGAAAAUGUUCGGCCUUUAUUUUUGGGGCAUGAUCCUCCCAUUUCAGGGCGCUAAAGACAACGUAAUGCUCCAAAUGUUCCACCAAUGUAAAAUGAGAGAAUACUGCAACUAACAAAAUGGUGCCACAUAUUUUUGUUUUUUCUGUCUCUCCAGGUGUGCUCCCAAACAAUCCCACUGUUAUUUAAAACUCCCCCAAUGAGAAAUCAGCUCUGGCUGCUUUAAACACUCAUCCCCUUGUUUACUUGCAGUCAUCUGGUUAAGUUAUUUUAGCGAGCAGAGUGAUUGAAAGCGUCUCACAGGAAACCAACAGGAUGUGUCUGGGUUGCAGACUCUGAAUGGGAGGUCAUGUACAAAAACAAAGACGAUGCUUUCACUUUAAAAGCUAUCCGAUGUUAAAAAGACGUGUCUCCCUGUCCAUCAAUCAUGGGCUUUGCUAUGUCUCAUCCUGCAGUUAGUGUGCCACAUCUAACCACAUCUGGGACAGCUCCAGUGGUUCCUGUCUGUCACAAUGCUUUGAUAACCCUUAUUUAACUCAGGUCUGUUGAGAAGAUGGAAGAGAAGGAUAUGAACUUCAGAGUAAUAACAGCUUCAUAGCCAUUCCUGGUGACUAAGUAGAAUCUGAUCCACAGUAAUAACCCUGAUAUUUAACUGUGCCACAUUACUGCUAACUAGGGCUGCCACGAUUAGUCGACUAAUCGAUGACUAAUGGACUAUUAAAAUAAUCGAUGACUAUUUUAG